AUGGUCGCCUUCUCGCUCACCAACCUCAUCUCCAACCCAGGCUACAACGCCUCGUACCCGCUCCUCAUCGUCGCCUGGGGCCAGAGCAUCGCCGCCUCCCCGCGCGGCGCAAUGCUCCAGCUUGGGUUCCGGGACAAUGCGCAGCCGCGCGAGCUGCUGGCCAAGAUUGAGGCCAGCGGCAAGCUCAAGCCCGCGACGAUCGAAAAGCUCAAGCGCCGCCUGGCAGCACACCAGAACUGUCUCGAGGGCCUGCCCAUGCUCGUGGCUGCUGUGGUCGCGGGCAACUCCGCCGGCCUGGACGCGGCGUACAUGAACAAGAUGGUGCUCGCGUACGUCCUCAGCCGCUUCGUGUUCGUGCACAUGUACAUCAAGGCGACGACCCAGCGCGCCUCGCUCGUCCGCUCGCUCGCGUGGUGGGCCGGUAACGCGUGCUGGAUCAUGACCCUCAUCAAGGCGGGCAGCAAGCUCAACGCUUAA